CCCACGCGGCGCUGUCCCCAGCUGUUCCCUGUCCCUGUCCCCACGCGGCGCUGUCCCCAGGUGUUCCCCAUGCUGCUCGGGGACAUGGACAGCAGUGGCAGCCUCAACGCCCAGGCCGUGCACCUGCUGGCCGAGCGCCUCCGUGCCAAGGCCGUGUUCCAGACGCACCAGGCCAGGUUCGUGACGUGGCAGUUCGACGGCGAGUACCGCGGCGAGGACUGCACGGCCACGCUCACCCUGGGCAACCCCGACCUGCUGGGCGGCUCCGUGAUCGUGGUGGCACAUUUCCUGCAGAGCGUCACCGCCCGCCUGGUGCUGGGCGGGGAGCUCGUGUACCACCGGCGGCCCGGGGAGGAGGGAGCCAUCCUCACCCUGGCCGGGAAGUACUCGGCCCCGAACUGGGUGACGACGCUCAACCUGGGCUACGGGGGGGCCCACGCCAGCUACUACCACCGGGCCAACGAGCAGGUGGGGGUGGAGCUGGAGGCCAACACGCGGCUGCAGGAGAGCUCCUUCGCCUUCGGCUACCAGCUCAGCCUGCCGCGGGCCAACGUCGUCUUCAGAGGGCUCCUGGACAGCAAUUGGAGCGUGGGGGGGGUCCUGGAGAAGAAGCUGCCCCCCCUGCCCGUGACGCUGGCCCUGGGCGCCUUCCUGAACCACUGGAGGAGCCGCUUCCACUGCGGCUUCAGCGUCACCGUGGGCUGAGCCGCGGGGACAGCGGGGACAGCACAGCGGGGACAGCAGGGACAGCGGGGACACCACAGCGGGGACAGUGGGGACAGCACAGCGGGGACGGGACA